UCAGAAUGUAGGGUAUGCUUGUCUACACUGGGAGGUGAGGGAGGGGACCUCCGAGCUGACAGCUAAGACCUAAAUGUCCAGGAGCUCUAAGCGGGUAGGGUGAGAGGGAAGGGCCGUCUGGGCUUCAGGAACUGCAAGGCAGGGGCUGAGGUGGGAACCCGCAAAGCCCUUGGUUCGGCAUUUGAACACACUUGCCUUCGGGGCGACGACGGGGGAUCCUGGUCUCCUGCCUUAGUGCUCUCCCCGCAGUCUUCCCUGCAAGUCUGUGGACAGACUCCAGGCUCUCUGGAAACCAUGUGGCUGAACUGUGUGGUUAGAUAAGAGGCCACCCUGUCCCCUUUUGUGGACUCCGCUGAUAAGUGUGUCACCAGCAAGACCCCACCUAGAAGGUCUAAGACCAAGCCCUGACUCUUCAUCAUAUGACCCUUGCCAGAUCAGCUGUAUAGGAACCUUGGAGCACAGAAUUUACUGGCUUUUUUGAUGUCCAGGUUCUUUUUAAAAAUUUUUUUUUUUUUUGGUGACCCUUAUGUGACUUUUGAGAUGAAAGGCAUGGAAGAUUAGUCCUUCAGCUGAAGUCUGAGAGCUGCAGGAACACGCUCGGUAGGAGCCCCAGGACUGGGCUGCAGUCUUCCGAGCUGGCUCCUGCCCUGCCGGUGCUGCCAUCUCUCUACCUCGCCAUUCUCGUGGGAGCCAUGAAGCUGAACAAGAGGACUGUGGCCCACUAUGCGCUGAGUGACUCCCCAGCAGACCGCACUGGCUUCCUGCGCAGUUGGGGAGGACCAGGCUCCCCACCCACUCCCAGUGGCACUGGCCGAAGAUACUGGUUUGUUCUCAAGGGCAAUCUGCUGUUCUCUUUCGAGAGUAGAGAGAGCCGGGUCCCACUGAGUCUCGUGGUAUUGGAAGGCUGCACAGUGGAGCUGGCCGAGGCUCCUGUACCCGAGGAAUUUGCCUUCGCCAUUCGCUUUGAUGCCCCUGGAGUACGCCCACACCUGCUGGCAGCAGAUGGCCAGGUUGCCCAAGAGGCCUGGGUGAAGGCACUGUCUCGAGCCAGCUUUGGCUACAUGCGACUUGUGGUACGAGAAUUGGAGAACCAGUUGCAGGAUGCCCGUCAGAGCCUGGCCUUGCAUCGCUGUGGGUCACAGAGGGCUGUUGCCAGUUGCAGUCAAUCUCAGGCUCCUGAGCACCGGGCUCCAGGCCCUGAGAAUGGCCACUUUCUCCCCAGGGAUGGCAAUUCCAUUGGUACUGUGGAAGAAAGGGGGAUCCGGCCAAUAGGUCGGGAUUUGACGGAGUGGGAGUUACAGAGCCCUGCUAGUCUCCUCCUAAGCAUGGGACAGAGCCCCGUGUCCCCUGAGACCUCCUGUUUCUCCACCCUGCAUGACUGGUAUGGGAAGGAGAUCAUGGAGCUGAGGCGAGGCUGGCAGCAAAGGGCCAAGGGGAGUCAGCCAGAGAGCAAGCCAUAGAAUAGGCCCUGAGCCAGGGCCCUGUAAGCUAUGGCCCUGUCCUGCUGGCCAGGAUGCUGGGGUCAGAACUUCAGGGGUUAAAUAUUUACUCAUUUACCAGGUUGCUGUGUGUGUGUGUGUGUGUGUGUGUAUGUUUGUGUGUGUGUGUGUGUCCGUGUGUCCCUCCUGCUCUGUAGACUUUCUCCAAUUUCCAGAUCCUCCCUUCACACUGAGGUCAACUGAAGAAUCUUGACUUCCUAUUUCCUGAGGUCUAGAACGGCCAGGUGGCUGAUGGGAAGAUAAUGUAAUGCAGGAAGGGAGCUGUGCUCUCCUGCCUCUGCAGGACACUCUAGCCAUAACGUCCAACACAAGAAGUCUUGGGCAUCUCAAUGCCAGAAGUGACAGGAAGUGGCUUGAAGAUUGACAUCGAUGUGUCUUGGGCAGGGCUCUUUGAAGGAGAAGGUCUUUGGGUCCUAAAGAGGGAUUUCUCCUCUCUCCAGGUUCCCUGUCAGUGUACAGUGCUGGAUGUUGCCAGCAGUGAGGCAGGCAGCCUUUUAUACAGGAGAAACGCUCCCUGACCUGUUGUAAUGGUCACUUGUAGGGACUCUUGUUACCUAUCCUGCUUGUUCCUAAGGCUUGUCUGCCGAGGGCAGCCCUCAUAGCUACUCUGUCCUGUACUGUGCAAAGUAUCUUUUUCUUUUGUUCUAGGGCCAAAUGGCUGGGUCUACAGAGCCAGAAGCCAGGCCCACCUGUCUCCUUUGUAUAGAUGUAGUGACAGGGGCUGUGCCUCUUCCUGACCUCCCUCCUUUCCCUAUCUGGGGCCUUGGGACACCCUGACCAAAACCCAUCAAGGCCUAAAGGCAGAACUUUGCUGCCAGGAAACUGAGUUUCAUGGUCUCUCUCUGGCCAGGGCUAAUUCCUGUGAUGCUAGCCAUGUUUCUCAAGACUGCUUAUAACACCAUACCCAGCUGCCCUCCCACACCCCCAAACACCCCCCUCCCCCAUUGUACACACAGCUACCACAGGCCUUUGCUAAUUUUCUUGUCACAGUAGUUAGUGUUUGGUCUUUCAACAGUUUCCGUUUUUGGAGACCAGGUCUUUGUGUCCCAUGCAGGUCUGGGACUCCUCCUUAGCUUUGCAAGUGCUGGGAGGAUAGAUAGUAGCACCUUGGUUUUGGUGUUUGUUUUGCAUCAGGACCUGGCAGGAAGGCCUACUAGCCUCCCCUUGCCCCUUCCCUUUCUAACAAGAACAGUGGAGUUCACAGGGUUGGUAACAAAGAGGUAGGGGAGGAUCAGGAGUUCAAGGGCAUCCUGGACUACACCGUGAAUUCUUGGCUAUGGACUAUGUGUGAGACCUUCUCAGAAAAUUAUUCAUUUUGGUUAUUAUAAUCAGUGUGUUUACAAAUGAAGAAUCAGGUUGUCAGAACUGCAAAGCCUGCGUCUGAGGCUAGCAAUUGAGUCCAAGAACCUGGGUUGGUGGUAUAACCUCUAUCAGGCCAAUGCCUCUAGUUGCUUGUUCCCUAGACCUGUAUGGGAAGCCCACUGUUCACUGCACUUGUUGUACCAAUGUUCACAGAAACCAUGGACAACCAUGGGCUAUUGUUAACUUCUUCUUCUUUUUUUUCUUUUCUUUUUUUUUUUUUUUUUUUUUUUUCGGUGCUAUGUAGCUCUGGCUACUCCGGAACUUACUAUGUAGAUCAGAUUGGAUAUAAACAUAGAGAUCCUCCUGCCUCUGCAUCCCAAGUGGUGAAGUGUGCUAUCACUUUGCCCAGCUCUUCUUUUUUUUGGGGGGGGGGGAGGGAGGGUGGUGUUUCGAGACAGGGUUUCUUUGGGCUGUCCUGGAACUCACUCUGUAGACCAGGCUAGCCUCUGCCUCCCAAGUGCUGGGAUUAAAGGCGUGCACCACCUCUGUCCGGCUCGCCCAGGUUUUUCUUAACUUUUUAUUGUUAGUUUUUUUUUUUUUUUGGUUUGUUUUUGUUUUAAUAAAUCCAGAUACCAAGUAAAGUUUUUCAUUUCA